CCCCAGAUUGUUCCUGGCAGUGCUGCCCGUGAUGCUUAUAACGACAACAUUCGGAGUGUAUUACGGGGGGUGUUAUAGCACUGGCCGCCCUCGUAUGGGACAUGCAGCGGUACUGAGCCAUCCCUCUAGUUGCAACUCGUCGGGACAGUGAGGAUCUUCGUACAGAUGCUUGAUCCCUUCACGUGGGGCAAAUUCCACCCUCCAAUGGUGCUACAACUCUGGAAGUUGCCUAUGAAGUUCCGCGGGUCGAUGGUGCUCUUCAUGCUGUUCUUAACUCUUGGAAAUGUUAAGCCUGUUGUGGGGAUGGUCCUCCUGUUGUCUGCUGCCUACGGUUGCUUUCAUUUCACCCGCUGGGAUCCACUACUCUUCGUGUGCGGAGUCAUUCUAGCUGAACUCCAAAUCCUUCGAAAGAGCUCUCCCUGCACCUUGGAGAGACUUCGCAGGAAUUCAACGCUCGUAAACGCCAUCAGACUGAUCCCAGCCAUCUUCUGGGUUGCGGUCCUGGCGCCUCGCUCUCUUCGUCGGUUCCUGGCCUGCAAACCAAGUGUGCCAACCCCCCGGCUUCCAACACAUCUGCCAAUACACUCCUGCACAAUGCAACACAGCCUUGCCUCAACAUUAUUUCUAGAUCUCGGUCGCUACAGUCAAGCUCCUAUUCUCUGGGAGAAUUUCGAACCUCUCCAAAAACCCUUUGUCGUUCCACUUGCAAACUAUUUCGGGGGAUAUAUCGUUCGGGUUAUACAUUGUCCAUUUUCCAUUUCCUCAAACGAUUGGGAGAUGGGUCAUGUCACAACUAUUCGCUACUCCGGCAACCCCAGCUUUGGCAUCAGGAGUUCCCGCGCGGAUUCUUCUUGGGUAGCAUCUUGAUAACACCAUUUAUCGUUUGGUCAGCUGGGUAUACACUGGAGACUCUUUGACGUCAAGUCAGUUAAGUUUGCGAGGUGGCUGUCUUUGAAAUGUUUGUUAGGUCAGGAGUAGAUAGACAGGAAGUCCAAAAA